AACCCUGCAGUCGACGUUGGUUGCCAGAAUGCCGAGGGUCGUCUUCCGCUAGCGUUGUCGUUGUUGCGCGUAAAACUGAUCAAUUCCCAGGCAACAUUGCGAUAAUCAUCGUGGAAUUUGUUUAACGAUUGAAUCCCGAAAUAUGGAUUAAUGAGAAAUAUUUUGUCAUUCAAAUCUAUCAGUGAGAAAAACUAUGAUAUUGAGACAGGUGGUAAUACCAGGCGUGAGAAUGCUGAAGAUCGUAAAAAUUGGGGCAAACGGGCUUAGAAGACUGCACUUUACGAGCAAGGAACAUGCUGCUGCACCAACAUCUACGAGAUUCGGAAAUGCAAAAUUUUUGGACGCUGCUUUAGGAACUGCAGUGGAAUCAGAACGUUCUCAGACACGAACAAUGGACGAUUUCGAAUUCACUGGUCAUUACAAUGACAUAAUAAAUGGCUUUAAAGAACUGCCACGAAAAACAUUUCGCACUCGAGAUCAAGAUCAAGCAACAAAUGCCGAAGAUGUUUUAUUUGACAUGUUUAAAAACGAGGAGACUGGUCUUGUAUCAGUGGGAAAGUUCCUAGCUGCAUUAAGGGCAAGUGGCUUGCGGAAGAAUGAUCCUCGACUUCAAGAACUUUCUGAUAAUUUGAAAAAAGAACAUGCAAAAAGUGGCGGUCACGAAGGUGUAUCGCAUGAAACGCAGAAGCUGGAUAGAGAACAAUUCAGAAGAAUUAUAAAUCCCAAUAUUGUCUUGAUCUCGCGAGCAUUCAGACAUCAGUUUAUAAUUUCUGAUUGGGCGGGUUUUACAAAGCACAUUGAGGAUUUUUAUUGGAAAUGCAAGACAAACACCGAAGGCAAAGUCGCGUCCUAUAUACCGCAGCUGGCCAGAAUGAAUCCAGAAUAUUGGGGCGUUUCCGUGUGCACUAUCGACGGACAGCGAUUCAGCAUCGGCGACACCUCGAUACCCUUUACACUUCAAAGUUGUAGCAAACCUUUGACCUACGCGAUAGCUCUGGACAGAUUGGGUCAGGAAACGGUGCAUCAAUACGUUGGUCAAGAACCAUCUGGCAGAAACUUCAACGAGCUCGUGCUCGAUUACAAUAAAAAACCACACAAUCCAAUGAUUAAUGCCGGCGCGAUACUAAUUUGCUCGCUUCUGAAAGGGUUAGUCAAGCCAGAAAUGGGUUUGGCAGAAAAAUUCGAUUUCACAAUGAAUUACUUCAAAAGAUUGGCCGGCGAAGAGACUCUCGGCUUUAACAACGCUGUUUUUCUGUCAGAGCGAGAGGCAGCCGAUCGAAAUUACGCUUUAGGUUUUUACAUGAGGGAGCACGGAUGUUAUCCGGAUAAGACUAAUCUACGCGAAAUUAUGGAUUUUUAUUUCCAGUGUUGUGCCAUGGAAGCGAAUUGCGAGACGAUGGCGGUAAUGGCAGCUACGCUUGCGAAUGGUGGCAUAUGUCCGAUAACUGAGGAGAAGGUUUUAAAACCGGAAAGCGUUCGUGACGUGUUGAGUCUUAUGCAUAGCUGCGGCAUGUAUGACUACAGCGGACAAUUCGCAUUUAAUGUGGGUAUACCAGCGAAAUCCGGUGUGUCGGGAAGUCUUCUAGUGGUAAUUCCAAAUGUUAUGGGAAUUUGCACAUGGUCUCCACCUUUGGAUCCGCUUGGAAAUUCUUGUCGCGGUUUACAAUUCUGCGAAGAACUUGUGCGUGAGUUUAACUUUCACAGAUAUGACAAUUUGAAACAUGCGACGAACAAGAAGGACCCAAGACGGCAUAAGUAUGAGACGAAAGGUCUCUCGAUCGUUAAUCUUCUGUUCAGUGCUGCCAGUGGUGACGUCACAGCGAUGAGAAGACACCGACUGAGUGGAAUGGAUAUGACUCUGUCAGACUACGACGGUAGAACUGCACUGCACUUGGCCGCCAGCGAAGGCCAUUUGGAUUGCGUCGAGUUUCUGAUCGAACAAUGCGGAGUCCCACAUCAUCCCAAGGACAGAUGGGGCAAACGACCAGUCGACGAAGCCGAGACAUUCGGGCAUGUGCAGGUGGUAGAAUAUUUGAAAAAUUACGCUGUCGCUCAUAAAACCGAGAUGGAGAAUAAAGAGAACGAAAGUAUUGAUGAGGAAUCUUGUCACAAAACGUCAGAAACAGCGGUGCAAUCGCCAUUGCCGUAAAUGAUAAGUAAAUAAUAAGUAACCACAAAUUUAUGCAAAGUUGGAGUGUUGAGUGUGUGUAAAGAACGAAAGCAAACCUACACACUGAGAUUAACUGUGAUUGAUACGUACAAGUGGUUUCUUUUCAUAAUUUAAUUUAGAGUUAAGGAUCGUGACAAUGAAGAGCUUGUCUCAUCGCUUCGUUAAUUUAUAUUUUAUUUUACUGUUUUGCAUUUGUCUCUAUUAUUGAUAUCUGCAAAUUUUUUAAAAAUAUAUUUUAUUAUUAGUUUAUA